AUGCUCGUUUGCUCGUUACAGGUCUGGAAGGUCGAGGUCACUGCUACAGAAGAAUAUCCUCACUUCAAGCCUGCUUCGGAAAGAAAAGGAUUUAUCCAUCUGAACGUUUCGGUUCUCCCUAGACAAACUUGUGGUCUAUACACCCACACUCAAUUUUUCCAUAAUUACCCUGGUGGUUUUGCUAAAUUAGCAAGCCUGAUUUAUGGAGGCGAUCUUUUUUUCACCAUAUUGCUAAAUCCAGUAAGUUUGGUCGGUUGUGUUAAGAUUCUCGUUCAGGUUUCAAUAUUCAUGACUCAUCAGCAGAAUUUUGCUCAUGAUAGGUUGGCAUUGUACACGUUUCAUAAUCUUGUAAGAUUCAUUCAAUGUUGGACGAAUAUACGACUGCAUUGGCAAAAUCCGGUUCUUACCGCCAAAAUGUACUUUUCACUAAUGCCACAGGAAAAGUUGCCAGUUUGGAGUAAUCCCUGCAGCGAUCCUCGACACAAGGCCAUACUGCCUCCGUCUCUGAAUUGCUCAAAUCUUACGUUACCUAACACACUGAUUGUGGGACCGCAGAAGACG